AUAUGCUAUUAACUACACCUAUAAAACCCUUCUUCCUUCUACCUGCCUAAAACCCUAGUUCUUCUUUUCGUGUGGGUGCCAACCCCAAGCCAAUAUGACUGUCGAAGCUGUGAACCCGAAAGCAUACCCACUGGCUGAUUCCCAGCUGCACACAACGAUACUGGACCUCAUUCAACAAGCUUCUCAUUACAAACAACUCAAAAAGGGUGCUAAUGAAGCUACCAAGACCCUGAACAGGGGGAUUUCAGAGUUUGUUGUGAUGGCCGCAGACGCUGAGCCCCUUGAAAUCCUUCUUCACCUUCCACUUCUUGCAGAGGAUAAGAAUGUGCCCUAUGUUUUUGUUCCUUCAAAGCAAGCUCUUGGUCGAGCAUGUGGAGUCACGAGAGCAGUAAUUGCUUGUUCUGUGACAACCAAUGAAGGGAGCCAGUUGAAAUCUCAAAUACAGCAGCUCAAGGAUGCCAUCGAGAAGCUUCUAAUCUAAACCCUUCAGCUUGAUGGAUCUCAGAUUUUGAAAUUGUCUUCUCGGAAGGCUUUUGAUUUACUUAAAUUAUUAAGUAAGAUCUCACUUUUUUUCUGUAAUUGCCAGAGGUACUAAAGUUAGCUUAUGACUGUUGGAUAUUACUUUGUUGACGAAUUAUUAUAUCCUCAUUCCUCAAUGUCUAUUUACACCGUUGGCAAUUUGUGCUUCC